AUGAUACUUAUGGAUGACAAGGGUUGUAAAAUACAUGCUUCCGUUCGGAAGACUCUGAUAUACCGAUUCCAAUCUUUACUAAGUGAGGGUCGUGUAUAUCAGAUUUCGUUCUUCGGCGUUGGAGAAAGCGGUCGUGAUUUCCGACCGACCUCGCAUCCUUUCAAAAUCAACUUUGAUAUUCAUACAUCUGUGCGCUUGGUUCCCAACAAGACCAUUGACUUGAGCCCGUACAAUUUUGUACCAAUAUAUGAUAUAAUGUUCAAGGAUCUUGAUACGUCUUUUCUGAUAGAUGUGAUUGGAAUUCUCACUGGUGCAAGUGUUGAACAAGAAUUCGAAAAAGAUGGUGGGAAGCAAAAAAGAAUUACGGUUGAACUUGAUCAAGAUGGGGCUCGGGUUGAAUGCGCUUUUUUUGGAAAGUAUGUCGAUGAGGUCGUUGGUUACCUUGGAUCUGCUGAUGCAACCAAUGCCGUUGUUGUUGUGAGUUGUGUCAAAGUCAAGCCCUUUAAAGGUAAGACAAGUCUCCAAAAUGUUUACGGAGCUACCAAGGUGAUUUUUAAUCCUCUCAUAGAAGAAGCUGCCUCCCUCCGAACUAGGUUUUUGGAAUCACAUGAUAGUGCAGUGCAUGUCAUCAGUCCGCUGCAAGAUUCUGCAAGAAAAACUACCCCUGAAGAUGAUUUUUUAAAGCAGAAUGAUGGGAAAACCUUUGAGCAACUAAAAGAUCUUGCAGAGAAGUCCUAUUGUGUGGUUCUUGGUACGGUUAAGUACAUUGCAGAUGGUAUGGAUUGCCAACUGGAGGAUGGGAAAGUAAUUGUGGAGAGUGAUUCUCUUGCUGCUGUCACUCUAGUUAAUGAGGGCUGUGAGAGGACUCACCCUUAUGCUGCUCUGGUUUUGCAAAUCAGGGAGAUGAUGUUGAAGGACUGGGAGGUUAUUUGUCGCCAUACACUGCGAGAGGCUAAUCAAGUCGCUGACUGUUUAGCUAAUUUGGCCCACUCUUUGGACUUGGGUACUCAUGUUCUUGAUGUUCCUCCGCCUAGCUGUAGGAACUUGUUGUUCUUUGAUGUUACGGGUGUUUCUUACCCGAGACAGUUUCGUUUGUAG